CAACGACAAAUGAAGAAAUGCCAAUUUUGUCUAUAAUUAUCAGCUUACAAUUUAUGCUUCUACAUAUACAUGCACUGAAUGCAGCUUUUGAGGUUUUCAAUUAUCAAACGACAAAGUACACGCUUCCAGAGCUUUGGCCCCAGGAGGCGUCUGCAUCCGAUGCUAUCCCAACUGAAAGGGAACAGCAGGAUGAACCUUCGGAGAGCUCCUUGAAAUUCGACAAUGACGACGAGCUGCGUUCUGGAACGGAACGAUCGCUUCAGGAGGGAGCAUUUUGCCGGCGCAGCUUUGAUGGACGCAGCGGCUAUUGUAUUGUGGCCUAUCAGUGUCUGCAUGUUAUACGCGAAUAUCGAGUGCACGGCACGCCCAUUGACAUUUGCACGCACCGCAACAACGUGCCGGUCAUUUGUUGCCCACUGGCCGAAAAGCAUGUCCAGUCGCAACGUAUUAGUGCCACAAGUAGGUCGAGCUGCACCUCAAGUAACAAUCAAAUAAACAUGAAUCCAUUGAUCUUUUCAGAAUGUCAGGAGUACAACAGCGCAACUAAGGGACUGAGGCUGGGCGACACUGGACGCGGCUUCUCGGGCAAACAGUGUGUGCCCAGCGUGCCCCUGAUUGUGGGUGGCACGCCCACUCUACACGGAAUCUUUCCUCACAUGACUGCACUGGGCUGGACACAAAGUGACGGAGACAUCAAAUGGGGCUGCGGCGGCACGCUGAUCAGUGAGCUUUAUGUGCUCACAGCGGCGCAUUGCGCCACAUCGGGUAGUAAGCCACCGGACAUGGUGCGCCUGGGAGCACAGGAACUGAAUGCCACCAGUCCGUGGCAGCAGGAUAUUAAAAUUCUAAUCAUUAUUCUGCAUCCAAAGUAUCGCUCCUCUUCCUACUACCAUGACAUAGCGCUGCUCAAGCUGACCAAACGCGUCCAACUAUCGAAGCAUGUGCGGCCAGCCUGCCUAUGGCAAAUGCCGGAGCUGCACGUUAAGUCGGUGGUGGCAACCGGCUGGGGACGUACGGAAUUUUUGGGCGCCAAGUCCAAUACGUUGCGUCAGGUGGAUCUGGACAUGGUACAGCAGCAGCGUUGCAAACAAAUCUAUCGCAAGGAACGUCGCCUGCCAAAUGGCAUUGUCGAUUCGCAGUUCUGCGCUGGCUAUUUGCCGGGCGGCAAGGACACCUGCCAGGGUGACUCCGGCGGCCCACUGCAUGCGAUACUGCCCGAAAACAAUUGUGUGGCCUUUGUUGUGGGCAUCACAUCAUUUGGCAAAUUCUGCGCAGCGCCCAACGCACCGGGCGUCUACACAAAGAUAUACGCCUACCUGGACUGGGUGGAAAGGAUUGCUUUCAAGAAGCAUUAGAUAGUAUAAUAAGCUCCAUUAGC